UUAACUUUCCUCUUUCGCUCUCUCUCUCUCUCUCUCUCUCUCUCUUCACUUUCCUUCACGAGUAGCUGCGAUUCACCGAGCCGCCGGUGCUUCGGAUUCGCUGGCGAAUUGCGUGGAAAUGGACUGAACUCGCCUUGGAAUCGGCCGUUCUUCGAGUUCCCCCGAGAAAUUUCGGCUCUGAUCCGAUAGGUAGUAGCUGUAAUUGCCUAUGGCGGAAGCAGGAUCGUGAUCUUCAUGUGACUGCAGGGUGUCCUGUCAUGGAAGAUCCCCAAUUGGUUGAGACUCUGAUAGACACCACAACGUCCAAGAUACAACAGCUUCAGAAAGCCUUUGCUGAACUUGAGGGUCACCGUGCGAUCUCUCUGAACUUGAAAUGGAAAGAACUUGAAGCACAUUUCCAUGGACUUGAAAAGUCUCUGAAGAGACGCUUCCAUGAAUUGGAAGACCAAGAAAAGAAGUAUGAAACAAAAACUACAGAGGCACAAGAAUUGGUGGAGAAGCGCGAAGCAGCUGUCCUGGCAAAGGAACAAGCUUCGCUAGAGAAGCUCCAAAAGAAGAGAGAUGCUGCUGUUGGUGUAAUUGUUCAAGCUUCUGAGAAGCAAGGUAAUGGAUUCUCUCCAGGGACUUGCAUUGUUCAUGAUGGGGGCCAAGUUGAGGAAACUGUUGAUGAAGAGAAAGUGCUUGACAUAAGAAGUCCGGAAAGUAGCUUGGAAGACUCCAAAGAAUAUCCAGAGAACAGUCUUGGAGAGGUAGAGGAGAAGGUGAAGUCAUAUCCGCAGUUGGAUAAAUUAUGUAAAAGUAUGGAUUCAGAAGGGCUUCACAAGUUCAUAUCUGACAAUCGCAAGAAUAUUGCUUCCAUAAGGGAGGAAAUUCCGCUUGCUCUGAGGGCUGCUGUAAACCCUGCCUCAUUUGUUUUGAACUCCCUUAAGGACUUUUAUGGCAGUGAUCUGCCAUACUUAUAUGGAAAGAAAGAGUCAAGCUUGUUGGGUCUUCGUCGGACCUGCAUCAUGCUGAUGGAAUGCCUCAGCGUCCUGCUGACUUAUAAGGAUCUGGUCUCUGGGACUGACAUUAUCACAGAAGACAUAAAACAGCAGGCAAGGGCUAUUGCUGAAGAAUGGAAACCGAAACUGGAUUCUCUUGAUUUUGAUGCUAGCAAUGGGAAUUCUUUAGAGGCCCAUGCAUUUUUGCAACUUCUGGGGACCUUUGGUAUUGCUUCAGACUUUGAUGAGAAAUACAUAUCUGGGUUAAUUCCUAUGGUGUCUCGUAGGAGGCAAGCUGCUGAUCUUUGCCGUUCCCUUGGUCUGUCUGAGAAGAUGCCAGGUGUGGUCGAGGUCUUGAUUAACAGUGGAAGGCAGAUUGAUGCUGUUAAUAUGGCAUUUGCAUUUGAGCUCACGGAGCAGUUCCCUCCUGUGCCUUUGCUGAAGUCCUAUUUGCAGGAAGCAAGAAAGGUUUCCUCACCUGUCAGACAUGGAAAUUCACCUCACACCGUCCAGGUUGAUGUCAAUGACAAGGAGCUGAUUGCGCUGAAGGUGGUGAUCAAGUGCAUCGAAGAGCACAAGCUCGAGGACGAGUACCCCAUCGACCCGCUCCAGAAAAGGGUUAUCCAACUCGAGAAGGCCAAGGCUGACAAGAAAAGGGCGACCGAGGUCUCGAAGCCUCAACCCAAAAGGCCCCGCGGAAAUGUUCUAACUGUAGGACCCACUCCCCGUGUUAUUCCUAACAUCAUUCCUGACACCAAGACCUUCUACCAUAACAGGUACCCUCAGUACACCUACGAUAGGCCUUACUUUUACCACAGCCCCACUGACAACCAUGGCCGCUCCAUCCUUGGACCCGGUGCUUCUGCUUACAACAUGCCCCCUGCUCACAACAUGUCCCCUGCUCACCCUCAAAGCCAUGGAAACUUCUUCGACAACAGCUAUCAGUACCAGACCGCUUACCUUCACUAGAAGAUGGUUAACUACCCCCUUGACUGGUUAGUUUAAUCCUUCUAAUGUCGCAGUAUUUGUAUCAGCUUAGGAAUGUGUAACCCGGUAUCAAGAAGAACAAGACUAUUUCCUUUGUUAAUUUCUAAUCUGCUGUACGAGUAGACAAGACUAGACAUCUUGAUAUCUAAUCUAUGUACUUUGUCUUUAAUUCGUAAUUGCUCCUCA